AAUGUUAUUUAAACAUGGUCCAUUAUAGCUGGCCUGAGAAUGCAAAGAUGCUGCAGGUGAGAAAGAUCACUAUCCUCUCAACCCUCUGCUUCUUCUUCUGCUCCUGUGCAGCUGUGUGUGGACUCAACAUCAGCACGAAAUGUGCUCAGGAUGCUGCGAUGUUUCUCACAGAACUGAAGAAAAGUCAGCCUGACCAAUACGCAGUUCUGAUGUAUGAUGCGUUCGGGAAGAUGGGCAGUGAUGUCGAAGGCGGAAACGUGAACCGGGUCGGCUCUCUGCAGGAGUGUUUGUCUGUUGAAGGCCCUGGAUUUGGAGGACAAUACUGCCAGGUCUUCCUCAAACAGGGGGCGCUGGACUAUUUUGUAGGUAUUUGUGUGCCUGAUUCCUGCGAUGAAGCAGACGUGAGCACGCUUAUUGUCUACGGAGAUUUUCUACAGGGUCAAACCCCCUUCAUUACUUCUGUACCGGAUCUGUUCAUAUCAGAAUCCACAUUGGGAAUUUUUAUGACUCAUUGUAUCAGAAACAACAUUACACCUGAUCUGUCUGCUGUAGUGUGUCUGUGUGUGUGUAUCAUAAUGGUGGCUCUGCCUCUUGUGGUGACCGUCUAUGUAGCUGUGGUCCAGUGGAAUAAUAAAAAAGAAGCGCAGUCAAACGUUGACCCCGCGAACUACGGAGCGAUUCUGGCCAACAGUUCAGCCAAUCAGAGCAAAGAAUGCAUUUUACUCCAAAACACACAAGUGCAGGAGUGCGACAAAGAGGAGGAGCACGAGGGUCGAGACACAGGCCGUGUGAUGUCGUUCCUGCAUUCGCUUUCCGUCCGGUUCAGUGGUGUGUGUUUCGGUGACGGUGUGUGUGACAGUGUGUGUUCCAGAAGCAGUUAUCCAUGUCUCAAUGGUGUUCGCAUUUUCAGCCUCUUCUGGAUCAUCUGUGGACAUACGGUGCAGCUCAGCGCUUGGAGCGGCCUCGAUAACAGAAAGCGAUGGAGAGUGGCCGUGGAGAGCAAUCCUCUGUAUGUGGUGGCCUUUAGUGGACCGGUUUAUCUUGCUGUCGAUACUUUUUUAUUAAUCGGUGGACUCCUGAGUGCCAAAUCUUUUCUUGGCUGCAUCCAGAGAUCAAAGGACAAGCCGAACCUCCGACUGAUCGCUCAUUUCCUGUUCAGGAGGUUCAGGAGGAUCCAGCCGCUGCACCUCUUCAUCGUGUGUGCGAUCGUCACACUCUUCUCAUUUCUCCAUAACGGUCCCUUCUGGUUCACAGCUGAAGACCAAAUACUGAACUGUAAAGCGUUCUGGUGGUCCAACCUGCUGCUCAUCAACAACCUGUUCACCAUCACACACACGUGUGCGCCGUGGACCUGGUACCUCUCAGUCGAUUUCCAGUUCUAUGCAGCGACACCAUUCCUCAUUUGUCUCUACACACUGAAUAAGCGUGUGUUUGUGAGUGUGGCCUUCACUCUGUUGGCAAUGUCGUGCAUUUCCAGUGCUUUAAUCACAGCAUUUCUGCACUUACCCGUUCACCAACCCACAACUCUUGAAUAUGAAAGUUACUUUGAGUAUUACUACAACAAGCCGUACACCAGAUACGGUCCGUACCUGCUCGGCGUCCUCACAGGAAUUUACAUGGUGACCAAGAAAGAAGCUCUUAUAAAGCAGAGGUGGCAGGCGGCUGCUGGUUGGCUCGUCUCACUGUCCGUCAUGGCCGUGAUAGUGGGAUCCGCUUACAUGCUGAGGGGUCAGGGGUCACCAGGUCAUGCUGUGUAUCAGGGGCUCCAUCGCUCGUUGUGGGCUCUCACCGUGGCCUGGCUCAUCCUUGCCUGUGAGGAGGGAUACGGAGGCUUUGUGAAUAGGUUCUUGUCCAUGCGUGUGUGGGUUCCUCUGUCCAACAUCAGCUUUGCUUGCUACCUUGUUCACCCGCUUCUCAUUUUACUCUACAACUCCAAACAGGAAACUCUCAUCCACUACACAGACCUCAACUUCUUGUAUCUGUUCCUCGCUCACUCGGCCCUUACUGUGGUUCUAGGUUGGGUUCUCACUGUGCUGAUUGAGAAGCCCUAUCAGCUCCUGAGCUCCUCUAAAGCAUAAACACACCAUAAAAAGUGUCUUUUUAGUAGUUAGUGUUCAGUUUGGUUUGGUAUUUAUUUUGUUUAUUCAAUUUAAGAUUUCUUUUAAUAUUUUUUUUUAUUUUACCUGAUGAAGAUUAACCCAAAAUGUGACUUUAGUACAUUAUAAUAAUAUAAUACUAUCCUAUACAUACAUGCGUACAUUGUACAUGGCAAUAAUGCAGAAUUAAUUUCA